GAUAUGGUGAGGGGGGCAGUGAUGACGGACGUCUCCUGAAGUCCACUGUCAUCUCUACAGUCUUGUGCGUGUUCAGCUCCAGGUUGUGCUGACUGCACCAGAGUACCAGCCGCUCCACUUCCUGCCGAGGCCCCAGCAGGAAUCAUCUGGUCUGGAUCAGCAUAAAAAUGGAUGGAUCUCCUUCUGAAAUGCGCCCACCUGUGGGGUGUAACAGAAAGAGCGUUGAGAGUGUCCUGAUGGAGAGAGCAGACUCCCCUGUACCCAGCUGUGUUUCCCUGAAGAGUGACAGGUCAAUGGGAAAUCCACUCUACUUCAGAGAGGGACCUUUUCCUACAGAUCAAAGAGAUCAAAUGGAAGAUUGCAGUUCAGAUCUACAUGAUAAAUCGGGUUUAUCAUCCAUAUUGAAGUCGCUAGAGGAAAAAGCCAUGAAGUUCCUAAAGGAGGAACUGGAGACGUUUGUGAGGCACCUAGAUCAGAAUUACCCAGAAUGCUCUGAGCCUCAGCUGGAGGAGGACAAUGACCUGGACUGUGAUGGUCAGAUGCAGAAGACCAGUGUUAGAGAGGUAGCUCUGAAGAUCACACUGUACGUCCUGAGGACCAUGAAGCAAGAUGAUCUUGCUGACCUGCUGGACAAGAGACAGCUCAUGCUGCAACAGGAAAUCAAGGGUAAACUUAAGAAACAAUUUGAGUGUGUAUUUGAAGGGAAAGCUAAGGAAGGACAGCCAACACUUCUAAGUGAGAUUUACACAGAACUCUACAUAACUGAAGGUGGGACUGGAGCAGUCAAUGAUGAACAUGAAGUGAGACAGAUUGAAACAGCAUCCAAGAAAAGGCGAACAGAAGAUACUACAGUCAAGUGCAAUGAUAUAUUUAAACCCUUAUGUGGGCGUGAGACACCUAUCAGAACUGUACUCACUAAAGGGGUGGCAGGUAUCGGGAAAACAGUCUCUGUGCAGAAAUUUAUUCUCGACUGGGCAGAAGGAAAAGCAAACCAGGAUGUUCACUUCGUAUUUGCUCUUCCUUUCCGGGACCUGAAUUUGAUUAAGGGUGAAUACAGUCUGAUUAAACUGCUUCAUCACUUUGUCCCAGAACUGAAAUCACUUCAAUCCACUGAGCUGUUUAGGUACAAAGUUUUGUUCAUCUUUGAUGGUCUGGAUGAGUGUCGCCUUCCUCUGGAUUUUCAGAACAAUGAGAGCUGGUUUGAUGUAACAAAGAAAACGUCACUGGAUGUGCUGUUGACUAACCUCAUUAUGGGGAAUCUGCUCCCAUCCGCUCUCCUCUGGAUAACCUCCCGGCCAGCAGCAGCCAAUCAGAUACCUGCUAAGUGUGUCCACCAGGUGACAGAGAUACGAGGGUUCAGUGAUGCCCAGAAGGAGGAGUAUUUCAAGAAGAGAUUUAAUGAUCAGAGCCUGGCCAGCAGGAUUAUCACACAUGUGAAAUCAUCAAGGAGCCUCUUCAUCAUGUGCCACAUACCUGUGUUCUGCUGGAUUUCAGCCACUGUGCUUAAGAGGCUUUUUAGUGAGACUGACACGGGAGAAAUUCCAAAGACUCUGACUGAAAUGUACACACACUUCCUGAUCUUUCAGACAAGUUUAAAAAAUGACAAGUAUAGGCUACCGACAAGUUGGUACAGGAAAAUGGUGGUGAGAUGGAUGAAAAACCAUGAAGCUAAGCUUAAGGAAUGCAGCAAGCAAUUCCUUUUAAAACUUGGUAAACUUGCUUUUGACAACCUUGAGAAAGGCAAUCUCAUAUUUUAUGUGGAAGAUCUGACAGAGAAUGGCAUUGAUGUCACUGAAACUUCAGUUUACUCUGGAGUGUGCACAGAAGUCUUUAAAGAGGAGUAUGGGUUGUACCAGGAGAAGGUGUACUGCUUUGUGCAUCUGAGCAUCCAGGAGUAUCUCGCUGCCUUAUAUGUGUUUCUGUCAAACUCAUCAGCUGACUUGCUGGAGACUGCAGUGGAUCAGGCAUUAGAGAGCAAGAAUGGACACUUGGACCUCUACCUCCGCUUCCUCCUGGGCCUCUCAACAGACUCCAGUAAGACUCUGUUACAAAGGCUACUGGGGCCGACAGAAACCAGCUCACAUACCAUUAAGGAUACAGCCCAGUACAUCAAGGGGAAAAUAAAGGAGAAUUUAUCUCCAGAAAGGACCAUCAAUCUGUUCCACUGUCUGACUGAACUGGGUGACAAUUCUCUAGUAAAGUCAGUACAAAGAUACCUGAAUUCAGGAAACAUUUCGGCAGAUGACCUCUCACCUGCACAGUACUCAGCUCUGGCCUUUGUGAUGCUGAUGUCAGAUGAGGAGCUGGAUGUGUUUGAUCUGAAGAAAUACAUCAGAUCAGAUGAACAGCACUGCAGGCUGCUGCCUGUGGUCAAGAACUCCAGGACGGCUCUGCUGAACAGCUGUGAUCUCAAAGAUAAACACUGUGAAGUGCUGUCUUCAGCUCUAAGAUCAAACUCUUCCCCCCUGAGAGAGCUGGACCUGAGUGACAAUGACCUGAAGGAUUCAGGAGUGAAGCUGCUCUCUGCUGCACUGGGGGAUUUACACUGUAAACUGGAGAUAUUGAGGCUGUCAGGCUGUAGAGUCACAGAAGAAGGCUGUUCUUCCCUGACUUCAGCUCUGAAGUUAAACCCCUCACACCUGAGAGAGCUGGACCUAAGCUACAAUCACCCAGGAGAUUCAGAAGUGAAGCUGCUCUCUGCUGUACUGGAGGAUCUCAGCUGUAAACUGGAGAAGCUGCAGGUGGGCCGGUGUGAACUCACAAAGAAAUGCUGUGAGGCACUGGCUUCAGCUCUCAGAUCAAACUCCUCACCCCUGAGAGAGCUGGACCUCAGUGACAAUGACCUGCAGGACUCAGGAGUGAAGCUGCUCUCUGCUGGACUGGGGGACUUACACUGUAAACUGGAGAUACUGAGGCUGUCAGGCUGUAGAGUCACAGAAGAAGGCUGUUCUUCCCUGGCUUCAGCUCUGGCGUCAAACCCCUCACACCUGAGAGAGCUGGACCUGAGCUACAAUCACCCAGGAGACUCAGGAGUGAAGCUGCUCUCUGCUGUACUGGAGGAUCCCAGCCGUAAACUGGAGAAGCUGAAUGUGGAUCACGGUGGAGAGUGCAGGACCAGACCAGGCUUACAGAAAUACUCCUGCCAGCUGACGCUGGACCCCAACACAGCACAUAGACGCCUGUCUCUGUCAGGGGGGAAGAGGAAGGUGACAUGGGGGGCAAAGCAGCCAUAUCCUGAUCAUCCAGAGAGAUUUGACAGCCGCCCCAAGUUCUGUGCAGAGAGAGUCUGACUGGCCGCUGUUACUGGGAGACUGAGUGGGAUGGAGAUGCAGCCUGGAUAGGAGUGACUUAUAAAGGGAUCGAGAGGAAAGGAGAGAGGGACUGUGGGCUUGGAUACAAUGACAAGUCAUGGAGUCUGUACUGUUAUACUGACAGUUACUCUGUCUGGCACAAUAAUAAAGAGACUCUCAUACCCACAGAGCCCUCGGGCUCCCGCAGAGUAGGAGUGUAUCUGGACUGGGGGGCUGGUGCUCUGUCCUUCUACAGAGUCUCCUCUGAUGGACUGACCCCCCUGCACAGAUUCACCUCCUCAUUCACUGAGUCCCUCUAUCCAGGGUUUUUGGUUUUUAUAAACUCCUCAGUGUCACUGUGACGUGUUGCUGGUUCUCCUGCAAAAAGGUAAAAUCUCUGCUUUUUAACCUUUAUAAUCCUUUUUACUCUGAAAUGUACAGAACUGUGCAAAUGUCUUAGGCAGGCAAAGAAAAUGAUGUUUAGAUUAUCCUCCUGUUGGUGUAAAACUAUGAUAUGAUGCCUGUCACAGUGUGUCAGCUUCGCCAUUUCAGAACCUCUGCUAAAAUCAUCCCAGUAUUUGCAGCGACCGUCCAGUGCAGCCAUGUAUUUUUUGACUUGGCCACUAGCAGACCUCAUACAGCUAGUCAAUCUCUCACUGACAUUUUAAACUGAUAUAUUUAAUUAUUUAAUUGAGCUGUUGGUGAAAUUUAACAAAAUCGUGGAACGGCUGAGGUGCCCCUGAGGAGAAGUUUGGGAACUGAACUGGUGUUCAUCUAGCCAUCCAACUAGAUAUCAGUAACUUUUUAGAAAACAGAAGAAAUUAUUACUAGUUUUUAUUGUGUUACUCUGAAUUUGCACACGUUCUAAUGUUAAAUUGUGAAUUUUGUUCUAAGCCAAAGUACACUUGCUACCCAGAUAAACAGCUUUAAACAUUUCUUUGGACGGCCUAAGACUUUUGUAUGUUUGACAAAAAAUAAAUGACUGUGUUCAGUGAGCUGAAUAACAUGAAAAAUAUAGUUUUAAUAGUUUAUCUCUCUGACUAAAAUGUAAUUAAAUGUAAUCCUGAUUGGGGGGGGUAUCCCCUUCUCCUGUAUAUGUACAUUUUAUAUAUUAUAUAUUUAUGUCCAUUUACAGUAUUCCCUCCCUGUACAGUGACAAUAAAGGCUUUCUGUUCUGUCCUA